GCCAAAAAGAAGAGAGUGAAUAACCAUGAACGUCGAGAGAGACCAACACACAUCUCCGCCGUCUCUCCAAACCAAGACGAUCCCUAUCAUUGAUCUAAGCGAUCCAAGCGACGAGCGCGUGGUCCAUGCAGUGAUGAAAGCGAGCAAAGAGUGGGGGAUUUUUCAGGUAGUUAACCACGGCAUUCUGACGGACUUAAUGCGGCGGCUUCAGAAAGUUGGGAAGAAGUUUUUCGAGCUCCCAGCUUCCGAAAAGGAAUCUGUCACAAGGCCAAGUCACAUGCAAGGAUACUUUACGAAGGAUCCUAAAUAUUUAAAGGCUUGGGACGAUCAUUUGCUUCAUACUAUCUGGCCACCAUCUUCUAUCAACUAUAGAUAUUGGCCUAACAAUCCUUCAGAUUACAGGGAGGUGACCGAGGAGUAAACAAGAAACGUGAUGUUGCUGACAGAGAAGAUUGUGGGUUACUUAUCAAAGGGGUUAGGGUUACGGCGUGAGACCUUGAAAGAAGGUCUAGGAGGCGAUACAGCAGUGUAUUUGAUGAGGAUUAAUUACUAUCCGCCGUCGGAGUCAGUUGUCGGAGCACCGGCACACACAGAUCUCUGUGCACUCACACUUCUCGUCUCCAACGAGGUUCCAGGGCUUCAAGUGUUCAAGGAUAACCACUGGUUUGAUGUUGAGUAUGUCAACUCAGCUAUCGUUGUCCUCAUCGGUGAUCAGUUCUUGAGGAUGAGCAACGGGAGGUACAAGAGCGUGUUACACAGAUCAAUUAUGGAUAAGGAAAAGACAAGAAUGACGUGGCCGGUUUUUGUAGAACCUAACCAUGGUUUGGUCGUGGGACCUUUGCCUGAGCUCACGGGAGACGAGAAUCCUCCCAAGUUUGAGUCUAUAAAUUUUCAUGACUAUAUACACCGUAAGUUCAAAAAGCUUGUGCGUGAUUGAUGUCAUGACCUACUACAAC